CUUUCUGGUCGAACACUGAAUCGAUUUGUCUUCUUCUUGCUCGCAUUUUCUCAGCUGAGUUCGCUGUCAGAAUCGGACGCUUCACUGGAACGACGCAAUACAUAGGGCAGCGGCCGAUAAAAAACAACCACAAAAGCGAAAUCUGCAAACAACAACAAAAUAGUUGAGGUAGCAGCAGUGGCAGUAGCAGAGAAGCCAGCCAACGGGCAACGAAAACGAAAAGCUAGCUGCUCCGUGCGGUUGCGGACGGACGGGACGGCGAAAAAAUCGAAUAACGAAUCGGUCGCAAAGGCGAAAGGCAAAAGGCAGUGAAACGGCAAGACGAAGAAUCGGUGCGUCGCCAGAGGGCAUUAAAGAGAAGUUGGAUAAACUCGGUAAAAAUCUGUGCACUGUGCAAAAGGUCGUAUCAGCAUAAUUAUCGAUUGACUAGGGGAAUAGCUCCUGGAAGAAAAGGCAACAAAAUUCUGCGAAAACAGCGUAAAAGUAAAAAAGCUGCGUUCGCAUCGAGGAAGAACGAAACAGAAGCGGUUGGAGCACGAGCAGGAGAAGGAGCUGGUGGCAGCAGUAGAGUAAAGAGUGGAAAUAGUAGCAGGGACGGCCGGUGUGCUGUUGAUUCGAGAGCUGAAGGUGCCGGUGUUGGUGUUAGUGUGUGCAUUUGUAGUGGUGAUAAUAGUGCUGGUGUUGUUGGCGUUGACGUACAGUGCACCGAACACGAAUAUUGUAGAAAGGCAGAAAGGGGUAGUCGUAGUGACAGUAAAAGUGCACCAGAAGGUGCUGCCGCGGCUUCGACAACGAGGCAUACUGGAGGAGCAGUCACUGGGUGUAAAUCAGGUGGUGCGGGUAGAACGGUAACAGCAUCAGCUGAAACAGGAGCCGGUAGUAUAUGUGGUCGCAGCAGUGGUAGCGGCAACAGUAGUAAUAGUAGUAGUAUCAGAGCCAGCGCCGGCGCAGGCGCAGACCUAGAAGAAAAGCAGCUGACCGCAACGCCACCACUACGCAGGACACGCAGCCAACAACAGCUGCAAAAAGAAUACGCGAAAGGGCAGGACGAGGUGACCGGUAGAACUGGUGGCGCAGGUAGCAGCGGUGUUCGACGCACGGAAGCUGCUCCAGCAGCAGCGGGCGCUGUCGGCCAGGGCUGUGAGUUGACGACAACCAUGGCGGAGACGGGCUGCAAGCAUUUCCAGGCGUACGUGAAGGAGCAAAGCUUGGAUACAUUUCGCAUUAUUGAUGCAUACUUUUCGGCGUGUGUGAAUAAGGAUGCCCGAGAGAAAAAGGCGCUUUCCUGCUGUUGCUUCGAGUGUGGCAGCUAUGGGCUGCAAGUUUAUGCCUGCCUUCACUGCAUCUACUUUGGAUGCCGUGGCGCACACAUCGCUACACAUUUACGUGCGAAAAAGCAUGCAAUCGCGUUGGAGCUGUCACAUGGCACAUUGUACUGCAAUUCUUGUCGUGAUUUCAUCUAUGAUAGCCGUUGCCGAGAGAUAGCGAUGGUCAAUCGACGUUUGGAAGCAAAAGACCUAAGUAAGAGUCUUAGUUGGCAGCCCUGGAUACCGACGCCAAAGGAGACAAAUUUACUGUUGGCUAACCCGCGACGUCGACAUGUGCGCGCCAACGAGACGAUUGGAUUACGCGGCUUAAUUAAUCUCGGUUCCACGUGUUUCAUGAAUUGCAUAGUGCAGGCGUUAAUACACACACCACUACUCUCUGAUUAUUUCUUAUCGGAGCGACACGAGUGCAACGCCAAGUCAUCAUUGAAGUGUCUCGUUUGUGAGGUUUCUCGGUUAUUUCAGGAAUUCUACAGUGGCUCUCACUCACCAUUAUCUUUGCAUCGCCUAUUGCAUUUGAUCUGGAAUCAUGCAAAACAUUUGGCCGGCUAUGAACAACAAGACGCGCACGAAUUUUUCAUUGCCACGCUGGACGUGUUACAUCGCCACUGCAUUAAAGCAAAAACAGAGUGUGAAAGUGCCAAUAAGCAGAACAAUGCCACAUCGUCUGGUGGUAGUGGUACGGGUGGUGCAGGUGGCGGAAAUCAGCAUGUGAAUAGUAAUGCAAACUUGAAUAGCAACUGCCCGACGCAGUGUAACUGCAUAAUAGAUCAAAUAUUUACUGGUAUGCUGCAGAGUGAUGUGGUGUGUCAAGCGUGUAAAGGUGUUUCAACCACAAUUGAUCCGUUUUGGGAUAUAUCAUUAGAUUUGGGCGAGACGGCUCAUGGUGGCGCCACGCCAAAGACGCUAAUCGAUUGUUUGGAGCGUUACACACGCGCUGAACACCUCGGCGAAUUUGAGAAAAUCAAAUGUUCCACCUGCAAAUCAUACCAGGAAUCAACGAAACAAUUUAGCCUGCGCACACUGCCCAGCGUAGCGAGCUUCCAUUUGAAGCGUUUCGAGCAUUCAUUGAUCGGCAAGAAAGUCUCCACGUUCAUCUCAUUCCCCGUUGAAUUUGAUAUGACACCAUUCAUGUCUGAGAAAAAUAAUGCUUAUGGAGAUUUUCGUUAUUCACUGUAUGCUGUAGUCAAUCACGUGGGCACCAUCGAUACGGGCCACUUUAUUGCCUAUGUGCGACACCACAAGGAUACAUGGGUUAAGUGUGAUGAUCACAUUAUCACCACGGCGACGUUGAAACAGGUGCUGGACAGUGAAGGCUAUUUACUAUUUUACCACAAGAACAUUUUGGAAUAUGAAUAGACUGGUUAAACAUAAAUAAUAAUAAUAUUAAUUAUAAAAUACAACAACAAACUACUACUCUUAGUACUACAUACGACAACAAGAAGAAUACAAAUACAAAAGCGUACCACAUCAAACAACUACAUUUACAAAUACAAACAAAUAAUUAAGCUAUUAUUAAUAAAUGCCGUAAACAAACAGCUGAAGGUGGCCAGCGAAGAAGCAGAGCAGCAAACAGUAAGCAUUGCUAAGGCAAUGCGAUCUAUACAUACAUAGCAAAGCAGACACCACUAACAAAAGGCCGAGGAGAAGAGAUAGAAGCAAAAGAAUUUGUGCAACUCUAGCUGAUCACGGAUCAUGUGUUCGCACUGUGAAGCGUUGGUGGGAUGUAUGACUCGGUGGUGGCGCAAGUGAAAACGCCACCGCUUAACAGCCUAAAGCACUUACAAUUUCCCGCAGUAGCAGCCGUGCUAAUAGUAAUGAAAGCAGCAGUAAAUACACCUCUAAUGCUAAAUAUGGUUUAACAAAAGAAAACAAAAAUAGUAUAUAAAAUA